AUGGAGGAGGGUUAUUACGGUAUGCCAUUGGGUUUUCGGUUUCAUCCUACUGAUCAAGAAUUGUUCAGUUCCUAUCUUCGCGAUAGAGCCCUCUCCGGAAAGCCCUUGGGCAACCCGUUUGUUCACGAGUUCAAUCUCUUUGGACAAACACCACCCUGGGUGGUUUGGGAGCAAUUCGGUGGAAAUUCCCUACUCGAUCAGGACUUGUUCUUCUUCUAUGAGCUGCGUUCUAGAAGCGACAGCGACAGCCGCAGCAAACGCCAGAUCGAAGCCGGAGGCACUUGGAGUGAAACAUCCUCCGAUAAAGUUUUAGGUUUGGACGGAAUUCCAAUCGGGGAUAAAGGGCAUUUCAGGUAUAACAACAAGGGUUCUAACAACAACGGCGGCUGGCUGUUAGAAGAGUACAGUCUUCUUCCUAAUGUAGUAGCUGGCCCAAAGGUCGUUCUUUCCCGACUUAAAAGGAAUCCGAGGUCUAGGUGUGGAAGCAAGAUGAAUUCCUCAAAUCCAACUCACGACUUCAAUGAAAGCAAUAUGAUUACUGACAUUAACGGCAAUGCGAAGCCGACUGAUUUCUCUGAUCAGGAUAGUGUGAUAUUGAUGAGUGAUUUUCCUUCUUACCCCAUUUGCUUGGAAAGCGACACUAGCAAUCACGACCAGGGGUGCAUAAUCUACAUUAAGGGAAAUGUGAUGCCCAUUCCCACUCAUAUUUCAGAUCAUGAAUAUGUGCCACUGAUGAGUGAUGUUCCUUCUUCUCUGAUAUUCUUGGGCUGCGAGGAAUAUCCUUUAGACGGUGAAGCAGUGCGUGGAGACAUUAAAGAAUGGUUGACAACGCUUGAAGGUAAAUUGCCCCAGGAGUGGCCUCAAAUUGACGAAUUCAGCCAACCGUUAGAUGGGUUCAAUUACUGGACAGACUGUUUGUGGAUGAGCGAUUCUGCGAAUGAUCAAUAG